AAAUAUCUUAAUCGUUUCUCAGGUAGCCGAAACAAUCUUCACUCUCACCGGGAAACAUACAAAUACAGGUAAAAUGACAGGUUUUAAUCCUGUCAUCUCGUUCUUGAGACAUACACGUCUUAGUUGGUUCGACAGUUCAUUUGGGAAGAUUUUAUAAGGACGCUGUAAUUUAUAUUUUGUGUUGUGUUUAUAUUUUGUUCCUCGUGCAUUUGUUAUGGUCGUGUUGUUGUUUUCCACACUCCUAAAAUAGCAAGCUUGGUUUUUUUUUAUUUUCUUACAGUACACAAUUCCUCGUCUUAUUUUGUCAACAGAGGAAGAAGUGCGAGGAGAAGAAACGUCUGUAGAUAAUUAUUCUCCUGGUGGUCUCUCAGAAAUGGACCCUAUGGAUCGAGGAAUGCGCUACACUCCCGGCCCUUCUUCGGAUAAGGACUGGGAACAAGCUGACACAUUCUUGCCAGCAUCAGAUAAUAAAAAGAUGGAGAAGAAGAGGGGCCCUGGGAAAGUUGGGAUCAUUGUUGUUCUGGUGAUCUCGGCAGCUGUUUUGGCUUUGAUCAUUGGGCUUCUGGUCUGGCAUUUCCACUUCCAGAAGGAUUUGAAGUCACAGAAGAUUUACACCGGCUCAGUUAGGAUAGCAAAUCAAGCUUUUGUGGAUGCGUAUGAAAACCCGGACAGUGCAGAGUUUAAAGACUUGGCAAACCAAGUCAUGGCUCAGCUAAAAUCAAUGUACUCAGAAUCUCCACAACUGUCUAAAUAUUACAUUGGUUCCGAAGUCCAAGCCUUCAGCAAAACCCACUGACGGACUGUAAUCAUGAUUACUUGUUUUCAUCAGCUGUUUGGACUCUCAUUCUGACGGCACCCAUUCACCGCAAAGGAUCCAGUAGUGAAUAAGUGAUGUAAUGCUACAUUUCUCUCAUGAAGAAACAAACUCACUCAUCUACAUUU